GCAGUCCAUGUUGUGAACCUUGGAGCACCCUGAGGACUCAAACACACAAGAAUUCUGCUCAGAAAAUGACGUUUGUCAAAGGACCAUGAGAUUGUCUGUAAUCCUUCUGUUUCUCCAACUGUGGGGGAAUGUGGAAAUCUCUUCAUCACAGAAUGCAUGUUCGAAGCUUCCAGAUGUUCCUCACGCCCAGGUUUUAGAUCAGCAACAGCAGUACCAAGAAGGAGACCUGAUACAGUUCACUUGUAAACCUGGUUAUACUGCAUCAGUUCCAGCCAUGAAAUAUUUAUGCAUGAGCGAGGGCUGGCGGGUAGUUCGUCAAGGAACAUGCUACUACAUCACUUGUGAGGCUGGUGUGAUGCCCCCUCAUCUCAAUGUAACUGGACUACCACCAGCAAAUGAAACAAUGAAGAUUGGACAUAAAUUACAGUUUAGCUGUGAUGAUCAAUAUACAAUGGAGGGGUCUACAGAAAGUGAAUGUUUACAAACUGGGCAGUGGAGUGCAGCCUUUCCAACUUGCACUGCGAUAACAUGUACAGUACCCAAUAUUGAAAAUGGCAACGUACCUGGAAAUAUCCAAGAGUACAAAGAACAUGAAGUCCUACACUAUGAGUGUAAUGCUGGAUAUAAACGUGCUGAAGAGAGACCUUCAAAAUGCACAAAACUAGGAAUAAGAGCAGAGUGGAGCCCCACACCUGCAUGCGAAUCAAUAAAAUGUAAACUGACACUGCCGCCAGUGGAGGGAACCAGGUAUGAACCUACUCACAGAAAUCUGUUUUCCUCUGGUGACACACUGAGAGUCAUAUGUGGAGAGAAGUACUGGAUUUCUACCCCUCAAGACGCCUCAGCAGUAACUACAUGCAAAGAUAAUGGAGAAUGGACUAUCAGACCGGUGUGCCAAGAGGUAAGAUGCAGCAAUCAAAGACCGCAACAUGUGCAAUCCUGGCAAGUCAACUGGUGGCAACGAAUAGGAUUGGGUGACACUGUAAGUUAUUGGUGUAGGGAUGGCUACAGGAGGACAGGUGGUGCCACCUGGGCCACAUGCACCAGAGGCGGAUGGAAACCAGAUCCACUUUGUCAAGAAAUCACAUGCGACAGACAAGAUGUGCCAAAUGCAAAAAUAAUCACCAAUUACAAGCAGACAUACAAAAACUAUGAACGAGCCAGUUAUGAGUGUGAGGAAGGUUAUCAAGGACGAUUUACUCUCACCUGUGGGGAACGUGGUUGGCACGGGAAUGCACAAUGCACAGAGAUAACGUGCGACAGAAGGGAAUACAGAAACACAGAGAUAGUUGGGAGCUAUAAGUACAAAUACAGGUACAAUGACCAGGUCCAGUAUAUCUGCAAGAAUGGUCACGGGGGAAGUUUUAAUAUGACCUGUAAGGAAACAGGUUGGAUCGGAUCUCCAGACUGUACAACAGCAAUUGACAUUUAGAGAACUGAGAUUGAAACAGAUAAGUGCCUGGAGAUAUCCACAGAAGAUGAAGUCCUGUUCUUUUGGUCAGUAGUGGAUCCAGAACAUGCAGUGAUAGGUGGGCCUGAAAAAAACUGGAUGGGCCUGGGUUUAUUUUGAGCUGAAAUAUGUAUCAAAAUGAUAUGGGGUGAAUAAACCCAUAGUAAAUCUUGUAGUACUCUUUGUUUAUCAUUGUGUUUCAUCUAUGUAUGUAGACAGUAUGAAAUAAAGACUUAAAAAAAACCUUAGGUUUUUGAUCCACAGACAAAACAAAAAAUAACAGCAGAAAAAGGUUUGCGAUAGGCUGCUGGCUGCUGUCUUGCCCGCCUAUGUUUCCUCAUUUUAAAAUCUGACCCAAUUGAAUUUGUCACUAAAUAGCCCUGGUUUAAACUUACGUACUUACUUACUAUGAACAUGUUACACAUUUUUUGUUUGUUUGUUUGUUUGUUUGGUUUUAAAUAUGAGCUAUAGUUUUAUUUACAUGUGUCAGCCUCAAAAUUACACCGUGAAUUUAAAUCAAUUUUCAUGUUCAUCUGACAAUGCUAUUGAAACUGUUUGGUGCCAGUUCCCUCAUGACCAGAAUGCUAUAAAGCUACUCUAAUAUCUGAGAAGAUAUUCCAGGCUGUGUAACAGUGAUGAUUUUGUAAUUGUUGUGAGGUACUCUUAAAAACUGGUCCGCUUGACUGUUAC